AUGUCAGCACCAGCAUAUCGCAAUGGCAGUGGCGGCAAUGGCGGCCAAUCCUCGGCUACCUGGCGCUGGCCGUGCUGCGGGUGCAACCGCAACAAGCUCUCCUGGUUCUGGUGCAAGCACUGCGGUGCGCAGAGGCAGAAGCCAGCUGAGCCGCAGUCUCGUGGGGGCGCGUGGGCAUAUCCUGGUGAUGGUCUUCGCCUGGUUGGUAAAGGACCUGGUCAGCCUCCCCUGCGCCCAGGACUCCUCACGCCAGGGGCAUCGCCUCUGGGAGCUACGGCCGCCCCGACCAUCCCGCCCGACGCCAAGCUCGAGGACAUCCAGGCCACCAUUGACACGCUCACCAAAGUUGGGGAUCGAGUCGGGGCGGCCCACGACAGCAAGACCCUCGAGCAGCGCAAGGGCAAGCUGGAGAAGGCGGUGGCGCAUUUCCAACGACUGGAGUCACAGUUGGCCGAGCAGAAAGAAUGGGUUUCGAAGUUCAACGAGGAGCUGGCGGCCGCGGAGUCCGAGCACACCCAGCUGGUCCGCGCGCUCCACGCCAACACCUGCGGGCCGCCGAGCCCCACUUCGCCUGCUCCAGCAAACGUGGUCACCAUCUCGAUUGAUGACAUCUUGGAGGGCAAGUCUGACUUGCCCAUCUCCAUGGGAAGUUUCGGCCAGCUCGACGGCGGCAUCUACGAGCUGGACCAGCGUACCCGCGACGAAGCAAAGCAGCGUAUGGAAAAACUACAGGCCGACAUCAAGGCGGCUCUUGGGGUGCUCUUUGGAGACGCCUCGGCAAAGAUCAAG